AAUCCAGCCUCCGGGCCAUGGCAGCCCAAGGAAGACGGGAAGGUCCCUGCAGGCGGCCGAGGGACCCGGGCUCUCCCCUGAGAGGCCCCUCGGGGACCAGGUCGAAGGGACGCGGGUUCCCAAAGGGGCACCUCCCCAUUCACGACCCACUCGGAGCCGGCUCCCAUCUCCCCAGGGAAGGCCCGUGUCCCUGCAGCGGAGCCGCCUUUCAGGCCUCCUUCUCCCGAGAGCCGCCGGUUCCCUUUCGCAGGAGGAGAACUCGUCAGCCGGGCCCCUCAUGCCUUGCGGGAGAGCUGAAGGCGUUCGGGGUUUGCCACUAUGGAGCCCGUGAGUAUUGACAACCUGUCAAUUUUGUAUCAAAGUGAGGACUUCAUUGUGGUCAACAAGCACUGGGAUGUCCGCAUCGACAGCAAGAUGUGGUAUGAAAAGCUGACUCUGCAGAGUCAGCUGAAAUACCGAUUUCCAGAACUUGCUGAUCCAGGCACUUACUAUGGCUUCCGGUUUUGCCACCAGCUGGAUUUCUCCACCAGUGGGGCACUUUGUGUGGCACUGAACAGAGAGGCGGCUGGCAGUGUGUACAAGUGUUUCAAAAAUCGGACAGUCACCAAGGCCUACCUUGCAUUGGUGAGAGGCCACAUCCAGGAGGCAAAGAAGAUGAUCUGCUUUGCUAUAGGGAAGAAUACGACUGAAGGGCUGACUCACAUGAUGUGCAUCGAAGGGACCGAUGGUUGCAAAAGCCCGAAACCUUGUCGGUCAGAACUUAUAGUCCUUGAAUAUGGGUUGUACAGUGGAGAGCCAGCAACAAAAGUGCUUUUACAGCCUCUCACAGGAAGAACCCAUCAGCUCCGAGUCCAUUGCAGUGCCAUCGGGCACCCAAUUGUUGGGGACUUUACCUAUAGCUUUAAGAAGGACAGUGCUCCAUAUCGGAUGAUGCUUCAUGCGUAUUAUUUGUGCAUUCCAACCAGCAAGGAGCUUAUCGAAGUGAGUGCUCCAGACCCCUUUGUUCCCUCCUUCGACAGCAGUUGGGUCCCUCAGCAUCUUAUACACCGCUUGGAUGAGCUGAUCCAGGAGUUGAAAGACAAGGGCAUUUGGGCAGGGGAGGAAGAAAAGCAGGAAGAUCCAUCUGCUGUCCUAAGUUGUGAGGUCACACCUGAAAUGAAGACCCAAGAAAUGGAGGAACAGCAAACCCACUGCAAGCAGUGGUUGUCUGAAUGGGCGCCGGAAUGAAAUGGUUACUCCUUUGCAAGUGAAAUGGAAGCCAUCUCUCUUUACCCUGGGGCUUGUGAACAGCCUCGAUCCCUGGACAAAGAAGGGCACAUUUCUGCUUUAGUUGCAAAAUUCCCCAGGAAUGAGGAGCACUGCAGCCCCAGAUUGUAACUCUAAAAGUUAUGUGUCUGCAUUGCAAUAUUUUAGUUUUCUUGGCUCAGCAGUCAGGAGAGAGGACAGGCAGGCAGGAUUGGUGACUUUAUUGGGUGUACAAAGGGACUGAAUUGAUGUGUAGGUAGUCCUUAUCAAAAUUGGUCACAAUUGAGGCCAACAUUUCUGUUGCUAAGCAAGAUACUUAUUAAGUGGAUUUUGCUUCAUGUUAUGACCUUUCCUGCCACAGUUGUUAAGCGAAUCACUGCAGUUGUUAAGUUAGUAAUGGUUAUUAGGUAAACCUUGGCUUUCCCAUUGACUUUGCUUGGCAGAAGGUCAUCACGUGACCCCUGGGUCACUGCAACACAUAAAUACAUGCCAGUUGCCAAGCACUCAAAUUUUGAUCAUGUGAUUGAUUGCAGGAAUGUGGGAAUGAUUUCAAAAAGAAAAGACAGAAAAUGGAGUUUGAUGGCUUGGUUAGGUUAAAUUCAAAAAACUACUGAAUGCUUUAUUGCUGUGCGGGAGAUACUGGGUAUUGAUGGAGGGCUAAGAAAACCUCUGUCUAGAAUAGAACAGAAUUCUUUAUUGUCCAAGUGUGAUUGGACACACAAAGAAUUUGUCUCCGGUGCAGAAGCUCUCAGUGUACAUAUGUACAACAACAAAGUGAUAGAU